AUGCGAUCAAAACGAGUCAUCUCCAUCGUCACCUGCCACGCUGAAGGCGAGGUCGGCGAUGUCGUUAUUGGCGGUGUUAUCGACGUGCCGGCUAAGACCAUGCACGAUAAGCUUGUCCACUAUAUGUCAGAAAAGGAUGACCUACGGAAACUUCUCCUUCAAGAGCCUCGUGGUCGGCUGGAGAUGAGCGUGAACUUGGUUGUCCCUCCUUGUCGCCCUGACGCUGACGCUGGGUUUCUGAUUAUGGCCCCUGGCGAUUGGGUUCCCAUGUCUGGCUCCAACUGCGUGUGCACAACUACUGUUCUUCUCGAGACGGGUAUCGUGCCCAUGGUCGAGCCCGUCACAACAGUGCGAUUGGAUACUGCCGCUGGGCUGGUAGUGGCUACUGCCGACUGUCAGAACGGAAAGUGUAAAUCAGUCUCUUUCGAUAAUGUUCCUGCUUUCGUCUACGCUCUAGAUAAAGAAAUCGACGUUCCUGGCGUGGGCACAAUUUCCGUCGAUAUCGCCUACGGAGGGCAGUGGUACGUGCUGGUCAAGUCAGAAGCACUUGGUAUCAGAGUCGAGACCAUCAACGCCGACCGUCUCGUUGAUUUCGGCAAGAGGAUAAAAGAGGCCGUCUUGGCAAACUGCAUGCCGACACACCCAGAGAACCCAGCCAUCUGCGGUAUCAACAACACCAUCAUCACAGAGCCUUUGGAAGACGGCCCUAACGGCAAGAUUGUUAAGCACACCGUUGUCGUGACACCUGGACGUCUGGACCGAAGUCCUUGCGGGACAGGAAGUUCGUCACGCUUGGCCAUUCUUCACGCAAGGGGGCUUAUCAAGGAAGGCGAAGAGGUUACGUUUAGGAGUAUAAUCAACACCGAGUUUGUUGGGAAGAUUAGGGGGACGACUAAUGUUGGCGAGCUUGAUGCUGUGCUCCCAACCAUCAAGGGGCGGGCUUGGAUUACGGGUGAGAAGAAUGUGCAUCUUGACCCUGAGGAUCCUUUCCCAACGGGCUUCCUGCUUUAG